GGCAAAAGCUCUUCGAGAACCUCGACUUUUCUGUACAACCUCCCUCUCACACUCGAAUCCCACCCCAUCUUCUUCCUCUUCCUAGUCUUCCCAUACCCCCAAAUAAUCCCUUCAAGAACGAACGGUCUUUGUUUUUCGACCUCCUUGAAGAGCAAUUAUCAAGUGCAAAAGCACCAACUUUUACUAGUCUCAUUCACAUACCACCUUCACAAUCAGCACAAUGGCCCAGCUUCCUGUCGCUCUCUACGGGCUCGAGGUCCCUGCCGGCGAGAUCCUCAUCCCCGCCAACCCCGACUUCCCUGCCACUUUCCGCAUCACCAUGGCCGCCAUUGAUCCCUCUGAGGCUCCCGAGGCCGAUGCUGACGGCAACAUUCCUGCUGUCCCCCGUUCUACCCUUCGCCUCGUCAAGCAGCGCUUCGGUGACGACCUCGAGGCCGGCGAGGAUGAGGAGAUCGAUGAGGACUACCUCCAGUCUCUCAUUGACGCCAACGGCGACGACGACGAGUCGUCCGAUGACGAUGAUGAGCCCAACGGAGGCCCCAGCGACCCCUCCAAGUCCAAGAAGCAGAAGCAGGCUGAGGCCCUUAAGAAGCUGAUCGAGGCCGUCGGCGAGGAGGAGUCUGACGAGGAGAUGGAUGAUGCCAAGCCCAACGGAAAGUCCAGCAAGAAGGGCAAGGGCAAGGCCUCUGACGAUGAUGAGGAGGAUGACGAGGAGAGCGAUGACGACGAGGAGGGCCUUGACCUUGAGAACUUUGUCAUCUGCACUCUCGACACCGAGCGCAACUACCAGCAGCCCCUUGACAUCACCGUCCAGGAGGGUGAGAAGGUCUUCUUCGUCGUUUCUGGUACCCACACCGUCCACCUCACUGGUAACUACGUUAUCGACGAUGAGGAGGAAGAGGGAUCCGACGAGGAUGAGGACGACGACGAGUACGACCUGUCCCCCGAUGAGCUCGAGUACGGCAUGCCCGAUGAGGACAGCGACGACCUUGACGACACCGAGGACCCGCGUGUCAUGGAGGUCGACACCGACGAGGAGGAGGCCCCCAAGCUGGUCGAGACUAGCAAGAAGGGCAAGAAGCGCGCUGCCGAGAGCCUCGACGACCUGAUCAAGGCCGACGACGAGACCAAGACCUCCAAGAAGGACAAGAAGAAGCUCAAGAACAACAAGGGUGAGGCCGUCGCCGCCGAGGAGAAGACCACCCCCAAGUCCGACAAGAAGGUUCAGUUCGCCAAGAACCUCGAGCAGGGCCCUACCGGCUCCGCUGAGAAGGCCAAGCAGGCUGGCAAGCCCGCUGGUGGCGUCAAGGUCGUUCAGGGAGUCACCAUUGACGACCGCAAGCCCGGUACCGGCCGCGCUGUCAAGAACGGUGACAGCGUCAGUGUCCGCUACAUUGGCAAGCUCGACGACGGCAAGGUCUUCGAUGCCAACAAGAAGGGCAAGCCUUUCACCUUCAAGGCUGGCAAGGGCCAGGUCAUCAAGGGCUGGGACAUUGGUGUCAUCGGCAUGGCCAUCGGUGGUGAGCGUCGUCUUACCAUCCCCGCCAACCUCGCCUACGGCAACAAGAGCCUGCCCGGCAUCCCUGCCAAGAGCACCCUGACCUUCGACGUUAAGCUCCUUGAGAUCAAGUAAACAGGUCGCUUCCUCACUAGCAAGACCCCCUUUUGGCGGCGAGACGCCGAUUCAGGAUGCUUCUCACUGUAUUCUACCCUAUUUUGCCCGGUGAGCACGCCAUGGAAAGAUGGCAAGCCCCUGCUGGGCCCCGGCGUUCCAGACGCCAACCUUCCCUCGUAAUGAUGUGUGACGGCGAUGGGAUUCGCUGAGUCGCGAUAUAUGCGCCGUUGCCGCAAUGGAUAGUCUCCGACCUGUGGCUAUCUGCGAAGAUCCGCAGUCCCCUCGUGGGGUGCGGGAAGCAGAAUGUGUUUGAUGGGAUGACGAGGCGAGGACUUACACUGCAUUAGUUGGCGUAUCACAAAAAGAGUUUUCUGUUGAUGUAGGAAAUUUCUCUCACCGGACAUGGAUGGUUUUCUUCCGGUCGGUCUGUACUUAGCUCCGGUUUCCUUUACGAAAAACAAAGUCUCCUUACUUCUUACCAUGAAUAUCCCGGCGAGCCUUCCUCUUAG